UCAGAAUGAAUUCCUCGUCUCUUGGCUUUAACGUGUCCGUCGUUGGGAGAGGUCGAGACUCCUUCAGUACGGCUGUGGCUAAAAAUGUGAUCGUCCUGGCUCUGGGCCUCAUCAUCAACUACAUCAACGGGGCUCUGAUACACACCUUCAGGAAACACCAGAUAUUCUACCUGAAUCCCCGCUACAUCCUCUUCAUCCACCUGGUGGUGAACGACAUGAUCCAGAUGACCUUAACCAUCAGCCUGUUUGUAUUAAGCUACAUCUCCAACAAAAUCAAUGUUUCCUUAUGCUGCGUCAUCCUCCUCUUAGUGGUCUUCACCACACUCAACACUCCGAUAAAUCUGGCCGUGAUGGCGGUGGAGUGCUUCAUCGCCAUCUGUUUGCCGCUGCGGCACACUGAGCUUUGCACCGUCCAAAGGAUUUAUAUUCUGAUUGCAUGGAUGUGGACCAUGAGUGUGGUUAUAACGAUGCCAGAUGUGUUUCUUAUUCUGGCAACAGAGCCCAUAGAGCUGUUUUACUCCACAAUUAUAUGUAAUAAGGAUAGCCUGUUCAACCACCCUGUGCACCUGGAAAAGCGGGAUGUUUCCUACAUUAUCUACCUAAUCUGUGUUUGGCUCACUUUGUUUUUCACUUACGUUAAGAUCUUCUUAGCUGCUAAAUCAGCUAAAUCAGCUAAGGGUAGCGGAGAUGCAAAGAAAGCCAGAAAUACAAUCCUGCUCCAUGGCUUUCAGCUCCUGUUGUGUAUGCUAACGUAUGUAGCACAUAUGAUUCACAAGGCUCUGUAUUACACUUUCCCUGAAAACUUUACGCAUGUCCUCUUCAUAAGCUAUAUCAUCGUGCAGAUCCUCCCCAGGUUUCUCAGUCCCAUCGUGUACGGGCUGCGAGACAAGACGUUUAGGCAGCAUUUGAAAAAGCAUCUAAUGUGUUCAGCUACAAGCAAGAAUCAAACCAUGGCCUGGAGCAAAGACUUCUAA